AUGUUCUUUGAGAGAGUUCAGGCUCAGCACAGUGUAAUUCUCUCCUCUCAGAGUCUCUGCGCUGUUACUGGAUCUACAGUAAAAAUCUCCUGUACAUUAAGAACACCUGAUCACUCCAGUGUCACACAGAGAGAGUGGUAUCGAGUCCAGAGCUCUGAAGGAGAAGCACGAGUCCUGAGCAAAGAUCCACAAUACUCAGGACGAGUGUCUGUAAGCACAGUGACGUCUGACUGUGAGCUGACACUGAGCAAUGUGAGUGUGAGUGACUCUGGAGUUUAUAACUUCAGAUUUAAAGUCACACAGAGAGGAGACUGGAUAUCAGCAUCAUCUGGAGUUCAUCUGACUGUUACAGAUCUGAAGGUUACAGUAUCAGACUCGUAUAGCAACUUAAAGACGCUGUGCUGUAACAACACCUGCACCUACAAGCCCUCUUAUGUCUGGUUCAAGAACGGACAGCGUGUUAUUGAACAGAACAGGUUAAAUGAACUGUAUCGGUAUGACACUAGUGGGGAUGCAGGCAGCUACUCCUGUGCUGUAAAAGGACAUGAGGAGCUUCGCUCUCCUGCUGUCUGUUUUUCUGAUAAGAAGAGCUGCUGGAGUGUGACUUACUCCACCCAGACUAUCUGCUCUCUGAUUGGCUCAUCAGUGGACAUACACAAUUAUUACACCUUCCCUGAUCAUCACAAGGUCACAGGAGUGUUCUGGUUCAUUAAAAAGCAGGCUGAUGCUGAGGCUGUGGAUGUGAGAGAAGAUGAGGAGUAUCAGGGCCGAGUGCAGUACACACACAGCUCCCAGAAUAACUGUAGUCUGAGAAUCACUAACCUGACAGAGAGAGACGCUCAAACAUACAGAUUCAGAUUCUACACUGAUGGGGGUAAUUACACCGGCCAACCUGGAGUCUCUCUUUCUGUUACAGAUCUGAAGGUUACAGUAUCAGACUCAGGUAGAGGGCAAAAGAAGUUGAGCUGUAACACCACCUGCACUCUGUCUAACAACCCCACUUACAUCUGGUACAAGAACGGACAGCUUGUUACUAACCAGGACAGAAAUGAACUGUCUGUCAGUAGUAAGGAUGCAGGCAGGUACUCCUGCGCUGUAAGAGGACAUGAGGAGCUUCGCUCUCCUGCUGUCUGUGUUUUUGAUGAGAGUUGCUGGAAUGUGACUUACUCCACCCAGACUAUCUGCUCUCUGAUUGGCUCAUCAGUGGACAUACACAGUUAUUACACCUUCCCUGAUCAUCACAAGGUCACAGAAGUGUUCUGGUUCAUUAAAAAGCAGGCUGAUGCUGAUGCUGAGGCUGUGGAUGUGAGAGAGGAUGAGGAGUAUCAGGGCCGAGUGCAGUACACAUACAGCUCCCAGAAUAACUGUAGUCUGAGAAUCACUAACCUGACAGAGAGAGACGCUCAAACAUACAGAUUCAGAUUCUACACUGAUGGGCGUAAUUACACCGGUGAACCUGGAGUCUCUCUUUCUGUUACAGAUCUGAAGGUUACAGUAUCAGACUUGGGUAGUGGACAAAAGAAUCUGAGCUGCAUCACCACCUGCACUCUGUCUAACAACCCCACUUACAUCUGGUACAAGAACGGACAGCGUGCGUCUGACUGUAAAUCUGCCUCCUGCUCUGUAGCUGCAGUCAGUGGUGCGGUCAGUUACAGCUGUGCUGUUGAAGGCCAUGACAGUCUCCUCUCUCCUACAGUGUAUUCCCCUAAAAACACCAGAGCAGUGGUUCUUUCCUCUGGAGACACAGUGGAGGGAGGUUCAGUGACUCUGAGCUGUAGCAGUGAUGCAAACCCUCCUGUUCUCACCUACUCCUGGUUUAAGCAGAGAGCAGAUGCAGACACACUGCUGACAACAGGCCAGAAUUACAGCAUCAGCAACAUCAGCUCCCGGCACAGCGGACUGUACUACUGCACUGCUCGCAACCAGCUGGGACAGCACAACUCUACACCAACACACCUGGAUGUGUUACGUAAGCACAGUGUCCUCUAUGUAACUUUAUAAAAAGAGUUUUUAACUAAAAUGUUCUGAUGUUUCUGUAUAAAAUCUACACGAGUC